AUGGAGGACGCAAAAAAAUUGUAUCACUCACUCUCCAACUUCACCGUUCAAGACCCAAUUCUUGAAGGCAAAGACCAUCGCAGCGUGUGCGAAACCCUCUUCCACCAACUCCACUCCAGUUUCCACCAAUUCUUCUCCGCUCUGCCUCUGCGCCACCUCCAUGACCCUCACUCUCGGCCCCUUCCGCAUACGCAUUCGCGGCUGUGGCCAAUUGUUGAAGACCUUUCUAUCAUUCUGCGCUGCUGUCUUCUUCUCCUGACGCUCCCUCUCUCCGACCAGAAGUUCCUCCUCCUCAAGUGCCGCUCCCUUCUUCGCAUCCUCAACUCCUUUCUAUCUCUCCAUGUCACUGAACAUCGCGUCCUGCGCUUUCGCAACUUCCUCUCCGACGUCGACUUGGACCUCGAUGAUUCUUGCCGUCCGUUUCUACGCGCGCUGCUGGAGGUUACUAGGAAACAAACUACUGUUGUGCCAAAGCUUGUAUUUGCAGAUGAACUUUUGAGGCAUCAAUCUUUGAGAAGAUAUUUCAUGAUUGCUGAUUCCGUGUCUUCCAUCCAUGAAAAACUUUUUGUGUGUCAUGUCAACCAAGGUGAUAUUACCAGUGUUCUGGAGGUGUUAUCUACUCAUUUCCUCCUGUCAGUUUCUGAUGAGAAAGCGGUUGAGGAUUUCACAAUUAGAUUAUUUUUACAUCGUGACAAGGAUUUUAGAUUUCCUGAACUUAACCUUGCGCCCUCCAUCGUGUUGCUGCAUGACCCUGUUGUGCUUUCUGCACCAAAGAUGUUCCAGGCACACAUAGUUUCAAUGGUUUCUGAAGCCAUUGGUUCUGGCUUAUCCACAGAGAUUUUAUCCAAUUUCCACUUAACAGCGCUGCAAAAAUCUGUUAUCUUGUACUCUACGCAUAUGUUUUGUUUGCAAAUAGAUGGAUUUGGUGUUGAAAUGAAAUUUUUCAACAAUUCAUACCUUCUAAACAGAGGUCAGCCAAAAUUUGAAUCUUAUAUACAGCAAGGCACUAGAAACAGAUUAAAUCAUGUCUUAUCAAAGUCAGAUGAUUCAUGGGACUCCAAUGGAUGCAAACUGUCCUCCAAAACAAAGGACGAUCUUUUGGCUGAGUAUAUUGCAUUUAUGAAAGAGAGACAGUACAUAUUUGUUGAUUCAUUCAGGGAAGUGGUUACCUCAAUCUUAAAUUGUAUAAUCCAUCAAGCUUUCUCUGAGGAGGCCACCGGAGAUGCAGUAUUCAAUAUAAAGGAAAACACUAGUGCCCAAGAUAUAUGUCUUCUUGCAUCUGUAUUGAAGCUGAUGAGUGUUUCCUUGCUACAGGCAAUUAAGUGUCUAGGCAAUAGUGGUGAUUCAGAUUGUUUGAAAACCAUGGGAAGUGCCAUUGUGCGCGAGAAAUAUGAUUUAUUGAUAAGCAUCAUUGACCAAUUUGAACAGGUUAAGUUCUGUUUACCAAUUCAAACUUUCUUGUAUGAUGCGAUGCUAGGUCAGAAAUCAAGUUACAAAGUCUCCAAGUCAUUGUUUGUGCACUUCACAGGCUUGCUAUCUUUAUGUUUUAGCAAUGGACUUGAAUUGCUAGCAAAGGGGUGUAUAUCAGUACUUAUGGCACUGAUGUAUCUGUUUGUUUUUGAAGAGGGAAAUUUACUUGCUUUGGGAUCAUUGAGGGGUCUGUCAUUGCGACCUUGCUUGUCUGAAAUUUCAUCUGAUAAGAAUGGAAAGGGUGCAAGAGUUAAGCAAUCUAUCUAUAAAGUUGCAGCAGAGUUUCGCAGAGUUCAAUCAUGUAAUUUGAGAACGGAUUCCUUCACCUCCUAUAACGAGGAUGCAACAGAAAAAACCUGCAAUGGGGAAAUGUUUCUUAAUUGCAUACUGGGAGACCCCAAAAAGUUAUACGAUUAUGAUGAACUCGCAGAUUUCCUUGAGUGUAAGACUGGGAAAGAUUAUUCCAAGUGGUUGAAUGGCCGCGAAGUAUAUAGAAAUCGCAGGUAUCAGAAAAAACAGGAAUUGAGGAAGACCAAGAAGGAAACAUUCCGGAAGUCUUCUCAGUUUAAAAGAAUUGGCCAGCCUUUGUAG